AUGAUCUGCAAUUCCCAAGGCAAAGGCACCAGCAGCCUCCUGCUGUCACCUCAGGAACUGAGCUGGAAGAAGCCCUUGGGAGCCGAGGCAGGAGCAGGCGGGAAGGGGCCGGCGCUGCUGCUGCUCCUGGCCGGGAGCCCCGGCUGGGCUGGGCCGGGCCGGCGCCCCCUGCGCUGCGGCUGCUGCUGCUGCCAGAGCCGGGCGGGACUCGGGAACAGGGAACGGACACGGGGGGACAGCAAAGUCCCUCUCCUCUCCCUGCCUCCCUCUCCCCUGCCGGGCCGGGCCAUGCCCCCGGCCCGCCCCCGGCCCCGGGCGGGGCUGCCCCGUGCCCGGCCCCGGCCGUCCCGCCGCGGUCUGUCCUCCGCCCGGCUCUGGCCGUACUGGCGGUGGCGCUGCCGGGCGGGCAUCAGUGCCUGGUGCGGGGGCGGCAUCGCCGCCCUUCGGCUCCGCCUGGUCCGAGCCCGGCCCCGGACCCGACCCCAGCCCCGGCCCCGGCCCCGGCUCCUCCCGGGGCCCGCGGAGGACACACGCGGCGCGGCCGCUCCCGCCGCCUCCGCUACGGCUUGCCCGGCCCGAGCUCCGCCGCUCGGCAGCGCGGCCGCCGGCCCCGAGCCUCCCGUGCCGCGUUCCCGGGAGCGAACGCCUGGGCAUGGCCGGCCCGGGGCGGGUGAGGGGCGCUCGGGGGCCGUUGCUGGCCCCGGGCCGAGCGCUGACCGCCGCGUCCCGCCCGCAGGGAAGGCGCAGGAGGCCCUGCAGGAGCGGUACCGGCUGGGAUCGCUGCUGGGGCGCAGAGGCUUCGGCAGCGUCUUCGCGGCCACGCGGCUCUCGUACGGCGCCCCGCUGAACGGCGGGGCAGCAGUGGCCAUCAAAAGGGUGCCACGGAACCGCGUCCGGCACUGGGGCGAGCUGCCCGACGGCACCAGCUCACCCCUGGAGAUUGUGCUGCUGGCCAAGGUGUCCACUGGCUUCCCUGGUGUGGUCCAGCUGCUGGAGUGGCUUGAGCUCCCCAACAACAUCGUGAUGGUGCUGGAGCGGCCAGAGCGGUGUCAGGACCUGCAUCGUUUCAUUCGGGCACGGCGGUUCCUGCCCGAGGAGGACGCGCAGGCGCUGUUCCGCCAGGUGCUGGAGGCCGUGCGGCACUGCACCAGCUGCGGGGUCCUGCACCGCGACAUCAAACCAGGGAACAUCCUGGUUGACCUGGACACCGGCCAGGCCAAACUAAUUGAAUUUGGCUGUGGCACCUACCUGCAGGACACAGUCUACACUCACUUUGCAGGAACACUGUCCUACAGCCCCCCGGAAUGGAACGACUUUGGCUGGUACCAUGGCGAGGCAGCAACGAUCCCCUGGUCCCUGGGCAUCCUGCUGCACCAGAUGGUCUGCAGGGAGCACCCUUUCAGGAGGGGCCAGAACCUCAGCUGGGGCCAGCUCCCGCUGCCACAAAGGCUCUCUCAAGAGUGCAAAGAUCUGAUCAGGUGGUGUUUAUCGGUGAACUCCUUGGACAGACCCACUUUAGAAGACCUGUUCUGUGAUCCUUGGAUGCAGGAUAUUCCUCUGCCAUAG